AUGGAUCAUCACACCGUAAUCGCCUGGUUACUCCCCUCAUCAACCAACCAGCCCGCUCUCGAAGCAGUCCGUCUCCCUCAAAACAUCAACCGCCGCAUCGCCGCCAUCCCCGAAGCCUUCGAGCCCCUACCAACCCCCAACCCGAACAGCUACACCAUCAACCCUUCCCUCCUCUCCAAGAAGUCCUCGGCCUCAUCACUCUCCAAGCCCAGACCAGCCCUCGAGCUCUCCUUCACCAACCCCCCAAAAAACCACACCGGCUUCGUCCUCGGCACCGAUCCGGGCUGCGAUAUCCUCCUCCCCAAGCUCCCCGGCAUCAGCCCUCGGCACUGCCACAUCACCUUUGACGCCGAGCGCCGCCUCAUCGUCCGCGACACAUCCGACGCCGGCACGGCGAUCUGGUACGACGGCAACAGCAACGGCGACCGCACCCGCGAGUCGUGGAUCGUCAGCUCCGGCUGCUCCUACGGGUUCCCCGCCAUGGUCGACCGCGUCGUCAUCGACAUCCAGACGGUGCGCUUCCAGAUCGUAGUCAACGACUUGCACCUGGGCCAGCCGGACGUCUACGAGCAGCAGGUCGACGACUUCAUGGACCGCCUGGCGAGCCUCUCCCUCGCUGAGAUCAGCUGCCGCGGCGAGCUCGCUCUCGACCUCGACUUUCACAACUACGGCAUCGAUUUCGCCUUUGACGACCUCGACUUCGGCUACGGCUACGAGUACGACGAGGACGACUACGGUUAUGACUACGAGAUGGACGUCGACGAGAAGCGGGACUACCUCGCUCCCUUGCCCUCCGAAGUCGCCCCCGUCUUCGUAAAGUACAUGUUCGCCGCCGACGACGGUCUCCCGCCGGACACGUACCUCUGGAACACGGCGAGGCCGUGGGAGCCCAUGGUCAAGGUCACAUGCUGA